AAAAAAAAAAAAGGAAAAUUGCUUUACUUUUAUGGACUAGGCCUGGUGGGUCAAGAUGAGAUCCAAUAAUCAUUUGUAAACACAAAAAAUGAUGUCUUUAUACUUGGGUCUUGAAGCUCAAAUAAGAUGGAGUUGUUAAAAAAUAUAAAAAAUGGCUUCGACAUUGGGCAUGGAUGAGAUUAGCAAAAAGGCCCAAUUUUCACCUAGGUCAUGAUGCAUCAAUAGUUGAACACACUGAGAUCCCAUUCCACACUAUAAGUAUAAGCAACAAAAAGGAAGCUACAAAUGUUUGGGGGCAAACGGAAUUGAAACGCACCUUCUUCCGUAGAAAAAGCUGAGAUAUAUCGAAAAUGGCAGCUAGAAGUUGGUUGCGCGUUCAAUUGGCACGCCGCCGUUCCUCCGCCAAGCUCUUUCUCUCCACCGCCACCAACGGUGCUAAAUUGCAGCAAGAAAUUGGAAUCGAAGACGACGUUCCCACCGCCGGAAUAAGCAGACCUCUCUCUCACAUUCUCAAGGACUUGAACAAAAAAAUUCCGGAAUCCCUCCUCAAGCUUCGCCAUGAGCCAGCUGGCGCCAAAUAUAUCCCCUGGUGUUUCCUCGUUACUCUUUGCAAAACACUCUAUCACGCAUAUCUCUCUGUGUACAUAUUGAAUAGGAUAUUGAACUUGUACGCACCAGAGUGGUCCGGUGAGGUCCGCAGCAUCACGCAUUCAGCCGAGGGGAAAUUAGUGUCAGUUGUGUAUCGUGUAACACUGUAUGGGACUGAUGCUGAGAUAUUCCGGGAAUCAACAGGAACUGCUCCAAUUGGUGAGACCGGUUACACGGAUGCUAUGGAGAAGGCGGAGUCAAUGGCAUUUCGUAGGGCUUGUGCACGCUUUGGGCUCGGACUUUACCUUUUUCAUCACGACUUGGAUUAGUGCAUUAUGUUUCUAUUAAAGAAUGGUGCUCGGUCAACAACCCUCAAUGCAAAAGGCAAUGGUUGAAUUGAAUGAAGCACUUAAUUAAUCAGUAUGCUUUGGUGUAUUUCAAUGUCUAGCUCUUGGUCAUGAUACAAAUGUUGUGAUUUUCUUUGUUGUGAUAGUCAUGUGUAUUUGUUUUCGGAGAAGGCGGAAAUUUUAUCUGAGUUGUUUUCAUGCAGAGUGGAACCUGAGUGCCAUUUACUGUGCAAGUAUGAGGUGAGUUACUCAAGUUGGGCCUAAUGUGGGAUGGCCCUUGAGAGUUGAGAUUUAAACAUGAAAUGGGACCAAAAAAAGUCUGUUAAAAUCUCACCUCGGGAGGGAGAGAAUUAGAAUUGUCCGUAUGGAUGGAAGAGUUUGGGUCAAAAAAAGCACAAACAACUUUAGUUCGUACUACUUUUGGCUGAUGCAUGCAUUUGUAUUUGGUGCACAUUGGAGUAAUAGUGGUGUAAAAGCCUUAAAAUGUUGCAAUAGAAAAAUCAUUCAAUUACGUUUUGAAAAAAUAAUGACAAUUUGAAUAUUACUAAUUGUAUCUGGAAACUAGUAGCGGUUUUCUUGUUUUGGACAAUGGAUAGCCAAAUCGACAGAACCAUAAAGCUGAGUUGACUGAACUCGUUAUUUAUCAAAAUUGAAUUGACCGAACUUUUGUUCAAUAUUGAUCCGUGAUAAAGAAGAACUUGAAGGGAUUGGUUCGAAGGACCCGUGCAAAGACAACGAAAAGAAGAGGAGAAUGGUUUGGAGAAGAUAAUUGUAGAGUGGAACCAUGCAGGACCAGAC